AUGGGAGGAGAAUAUUUUCUCAAAGGACGAGAAGAAGAAUCAACCCACGCUUCAACAGUUAUCCCAGAUACCCUAAUGUCAAAUACGGAAGCUAACAAUCUGUUAACAGGUCAACAAAAAUCUCAGCAACAAGAAGAAGAAGAUGAUAGUUCUCGAGGUGGCGGAUCGAAAGCAGCGUCGUUUGAUCAGAAGGACAUAGUGAAAGCAUUGGAAGUUGUGGAGAGAGACUCGGUGGCGAUCGCCGAGAGCUUCACAUCUCUGUUCGCUUCCCUCCGUCUUACUCUCUCCGAGGCCACGAGCAGUUCGAUUGAUCAUAUGGGUUGCUUCAGCGAUGCUACUGGCCGCCUUCAAGAAUGUGCUCUUGAUGCAGCAACGAAAGGGAAUCGAUAUAUAAAUUCUUCUCUCAGAUUAAAUGAGGAAAUGAAGGGUGCUGACAGCCUAGCCACACAACUGUAUCCUCUUCCUUUCUUUUCCCUGUGGAUAGAAAAUUUAGUUUUUUGGGUUGUGCAUAACUGGGUAUGCAUUUGUUUGUGAGUUAAAAUGUGGGAGACUACCUAUUUGCCUAACCAAUGGAAAGACCUUGAGGAGGAAUGUAGAUGCUUUGGACUUGGUUGUAAAUAGGCUCCUCCGACUUCCAUGAUGCUGAUCUGCUUUCCAUGUUAUUGGAUUCCUUGUGGAGACUGCUAUGCCUUAAUGUUCUUUAUCCUGGUUCAACUAGGUAUUUUGAAGGGUGGUUGGGGGCGAAUUUAUGAUUCCUUUUCAAGUAUGUUAAUUCAUAUAGUCGCUAACUGGCUGACUGGAAAUCAAGGACGUGUUUUCCCCUUUUCAUUUGUAGGUGCGGAUGUUAAGAGCAUUUAUGUAUCGUCAUUUUUAUUUUAUGCUUUUGCCUUUUCUAUUGCUGCAUCAAUUGUUUUCAUAACUUCACCAUUGUACCUCUUACUAGUUUCAUAAUAAACAAAGAAGUUG